AGAGCUUAAUAUGGGUAUUGAAAUCACCGAGGAGAAGUGAGAAAAGGACUGAUUCAUAUCGAUAUUCUUCUUAUACAAGACGUUCUUGUAAAACCUUGACUAGAAACUUCAGCUACUUCUGAAAACAUUCACCUACGAGCCUUUUUAGUCGUAAUCCAUCUGGAGUAAUAAUCCAAUUCACCGACAGCCGGCAUUUCCGGUGUAAGCAAUACCGAGUGAGGCCCCCACCGUGCACGGCAUUUACCGCACUGAAGCCGCGACGGUUUCGUACUACCACCAACGCCAAACGCGGGGUACCCAGACGCGGCACGCAUUUGACAUUCAUACAUACCAUGCGAUGUUCGAGGACGUCGUCCCUACAAUAUUUUGGCAAUCGCAAUCUCUAAUGCAAAUCCUCGGUGGUACUAUACGCGACAUUACUUCGGCGAGGUCGUACCGCAGAUAGAGCAGCGCUUCCGGACUGGACUACCAGAGCUACAGUGUGCAAUUAGUGGUGCGGUCAGUGGUGGUGUUGUCUGCGAUAUGGGCAGUCUGUGGAUUUUCUUUAUAGCAUGGGCAUCAACAAAUGCUGUGGUUAUUAGUCAUACAAUAUGCACACCAGUAUAUGGAAGCCCUCACGAUUCAUGCAGUUUUCUACCAGCUCCACCUGGAAAGACACCACCAUGUGCCCGUCCAGGAUUAACAUAUUGUGAACAUCCUGAUCGUUAUCCUAGCGAACUUAUCCACUACCUCCUGGAAAAAUGGCGAUACGACCACCACACCAUCCUGAUGGACGAAUCGAGAGAAGAUUUCGCUUCCUACAUAACCCCUUCUCCUCCUCCUGUGUAUGGUCCCCCCAAUUACCACCACCACCAACCCUUCGGACCUUCCAACUUCCUACCCCAGGACAAUUACUAUCCUGAGCCCAUUUAUAUUCCUAAACCUCAAUAUCCGUUCCACGAUCAUCCUGGUGGUUACAUACCACCUAAAGGGCAUUACAACUAUACCGCUUCUCAGGAUCAAGGGGGUCAUCCAUCCAAUUUCAAGUACAAUAAUUUUCCAUCACAAAACAACAGGCAUUACAAUCCACCCUAUAGCACCCAAGGACCGAGCUAUUUUGGAAAUAUAGGACAAACGCAAUAUCCUAACGACAUUUGGGAAAGAAAAGUGGAAAGUCUUGUAAGGCUACGUCGUUCCCUGAGGCGCAUGCAAUCUCACCUGUCUCGUCAGAGGCGAGACGCUUUAGGAAAUGGUACUACUACCACGGAGUUUCACAGCCGGGUGAAGAGGCAAAGUAAAGUUAACGGCGAGCAACUAUGCGCAGCUACUUCAAACUAUAUCGUACCAAAAGCUGCAUUGAACAAUAAGGGCAACUGGAUGUACGUUGUCAACAUGCCAGAAGUGGACAGCAGAGCUAGCCAGCUGGUCAAGACGGAGACUUGUGCAUCACAAACUUGCAGCGGCAUUUGCAGUCUACCUCAAGGAUACAUUUCUAGAUGUGAACAGAAAUAUGUGCAAAAAAGACUAGUUGCGCUGGAAGGAAGUGGAAAUAACCUAUACACGGAUGUGUUCUGGUUUCCUAGUUGUUGUGUUUGUACUAUAACCAACACAUGAAAACCGAAAUAAUGUGAACAUAUGGUUAAGUGUUGAUAUCCGAAGUGUGCAAAGUGUCAUCCAUUUUUUUUAAUAAUGAUCAAUUAAAAAUAUUUUUUGAAAUGAACGUGUUUAAAAUUUUAAAUUGAAUAGGGUAAAAUAUUUUUGAAUUUAUAGUGUUUAAAUUCAUUAGGUAUUAUUAGCAAGAUGUAUUAAUUCUAAUAAGAUUUUUUAAUUCUCGUUGUACAUAGUACUGUAUAAUUUAUUUUUGUAGUGUAGGUAUAAAACGUAUUGUACAUAGGUUGCAGCCUAGUAAGAUUCUUCAAGUCAUAUUGAGAAUCUUGAUAGUGGAUAAGCCGAUCAAAUGAUUGUAAAAAUAGAAUGUAUUUCAAAACUCGCCGUAUCUCUUCUUAGUACAUAUUUAAGUAACAGGUAGUAGUUAUAAAUUCGCAUAGUAUUAUAUUAUAUUAAGAUUACUGAUGUAAAUAUUGUUUAACAGAAAAAUACAGAUUGACUACAAUUUUCAUUUAUUUUCCGAUAACAAUUGGAGCUUGAAGCAAUUGAAUUGAUAGUUGUACUACACAAGGGUGUACCUAGCUAGAAACGGAACGAUGGGCACCUUGGAAAAAAUGUUGAAAGUUCCACAAACCAUAUCUACUUAAGUAUGCUUGAUAUUCUUUUUCUAUUUGCAUUUCAUUCUUUUAUCCAUUGAUAUAGAGUCUUCCACGACAAUUUGACAAUAAAUGUGGAUAUGGAAAACUACUAUUCAAGCAAAUAUUGCACGAGCUGCUUUUUUAAGUAGGUACUAAUUUAGUCGCUCCUGUUGCGAUAGAGAAACCGUCAAAAAAACUAAUUAUUAAAUUAGUUGAUUACAUCGGUCCUCCCAUAACUUCGAAGGUAAAACUUCAGAAAAGUGUCAAACUUGGUUUAUUGAUAUAUUUUUUUAUAUAAGGUGUAGUCAAUA